ACUGAAAAAAAAUAAAAAAUAGAAUAGCUUCUUUUUACGCGAGGCUGUUUUUGAAAUGUAACUCCAACUUAGGCUCCCUACGGAACGGCAAAAGUUGCGCGGGCCCAGUUCAAUCAGCUUCGACGCAACGUAACGUAACGUAACGUAACGCAUGUUUCGCCAGUCAUCAUGCCCCUGCGUUCCUCGGAGUGUUAAAUGGCAGAUAUGAGAUGACGUGAGGAGAAAAUUGGAAGUUUCCCCCGAAGAAGCACGUCAGCAGUCGAGCGUUUAGCAUCUACCCCGCAAGAGUAUACCCCACAAGAGUAUACCCUGCAAGAAUAUACCGCAGCAUCUAUCAGAAGCAUCUACCCGAAGCGGCUUCCCAUUUUUUAUGGCCUAAACCAAGCGCGUAUAGGUAUAUGUACGCUUAUAAGUUUCUGUAGAAAGAGGAGAGAGGCGACGACGACGUUUGUGGGACCUCUCUGCCCAUCUCCACCUCCCCCUGGCCGCCUUCCCCUGUUAUGCCUUUGUUUUCGCGCGCGACUCCCCAUUCUUGAACAUCCCCAAAAUUUGAAGCCAAGCGUUCUAGCAUGAUAACCGUUUAUGUACCGGCAUUACUAAGUUUAGGGCAGUUAAUAUCAACGGCAAGAUGCAUCAACCUGAUAAGCUACUUUUUCUUUUUGGAUGGGGGGUCGUCAGAUCAAAGUGGACCGAAGAAGAAAAAUAAAAAUGGCCAGGAUAAGGAAAAUUUUAAUAAACAUAUGGAGGACUACCUGGACGACAAGGUAAAAAUUAACCUGCGCAGUAAAAAAAUUAAUCAAUUAAAGCCCAUAUUUACAAACCCAGAGGCGGAAAUUCAUUACUACCUUAGAAGUGAUGGCAAUUACGAUGAGCUCUAUGCCAAGUACCCCUUAUGUGAGGCUAAGUACAAAAUAGCAGAUAAGCUAAAAGGCCUUAGUAUAUUUCAGAAGUCUAUGAAUAAGACGAAGAAGCUAGCCCUAUUGAAGACAUGCAUAAUGGAGAUGUAUGGUGUGCUAUUCGUUACCGUUAGAAACACGAAUGACAUCAUCUCCGUGGUUGCUACCGUUUAUGGGUACAUACCCUACGGAUUAAUCAUUCUAACAUUACUGGGGCUGAUGCUAACUUUUAACAAACUUUUGCUUUACUUCGCUCUUAUUAUGCCCACCCAGAUUACACUGAACGAUUUUGUAUUAAAGAAAAUUCUAAAAAUGGGUAGACCGAUUCAUAGUGCACUACACUCCUAUGGAAUGCCAUCCGGACAUAGCUCCUUUUCUUUCAGUUUACUCACCUUUAUAUUAUUGCACCUAACGGAGUCUAAGAAGGAUAAGUGGACCUUAAUGGCCUACAUCCUUGCCAUCAUUGCGUUGUUGCCAAUACCUUGGAGUCGUGUCUACAUCGAAGAUCAUACCAUGUACCAGGCUCUCGUUGGCUGCAUCUUGGGAUUCAUCAUCGGUGUCGUCUCCUACAUGGUGAAGAGGCAAUGUAUGAAGCAGAAGGAUAACACCAAGUAGGGCGAAGAGGAAACAACGCAUUUGGUCCGUUUAAGCCGUAAGGCGAAACUUUUGUACAUAUGCCCCCUAUCGGUGUGCUGUUCGUUUGGCUAUACCCGGGAGAAAACCUAACCACCACGUAUAGCACUGCUUAACAUUUCGAGGGGGUGCCUCCCCCGAAAAGGGGCACGUUUAACCCCAACUGAGGGUUCCCAGUUUGAGGCCUCCCAAUGAAGAUUACCACCCCAAAACGCGUAAGCGUAAUAAGAAAGGAGAAGCCCUGUGACCAUUUGGCAUUCCAGAAGAGAAACACACAAGGAAGGUCUUACCUUAGAGGAGAGGGCAAUUCGAAAUCCUCCCCCCCCCUCCGUCUAAUCAUAUUUAUGUAAACCCCAUGGUUUAACCCCGCCGGAUGAUUAUCAUACGAUGGUCGCGCAUACAAAAAGAGAGCGGUAGCGUCACAACGCUGAAGGUGCACCUGCAUUGUAUUGGUUCUCACGUUUCUUCCUCUUCUUUUCGGAGAAGACGACUGGACCGGACCAGACCAGCCCGAAUCGACCGAACCGACCGAACCGAACCCCCACCCCCUCGCGCACUUCGCCGUUGUGCAGUUUGCACGGUGCCGUGCAUGGCGGGCAGUGCGCGCAUGUACGUGCGUUUAUAUGUAUAAGUAUAUAUAUAUGUACCUACAUGUGGGUGUAUAUAUUACCCGCGUAUCUGCA